AUGAUCGCAGACCUGUUGUUAUUUGGGACCUUGUUGAUCAAUGCAGGAGCUGUGCUUAAUUUCAAGCUCAAAAGGAAAGAAUCACACGGUUUCGGAGAUGAUUCCGGAGCUCCAACAACUGGUGACAACAUUCGCGAGUUCCUUCUCAGCCUGCGAUACUUUCGCAUCUUCAUAGCAUUGUGGAACAUCUUCAUCAUGUUCUGCAUGAUUCUGUAA